AUGCCCUUUCCUUACUUUGACAACAUCAGCACGGACUUCACCGGUGUAUGGACAAGCCCACGAAAGCGAAAGGCCCCAUCAUCCGAGCAGGAGGUUUUGGAACUGUCCCCAUCGAAGCGCAAGUCGAGCGCGGCAUCAUGUCCUCACUCCAUGACCAUUGUCCGAGCUACCAGACAAUUGUCCGUAGAGAAGGCGCAGUGUUCAAUCUGUCUCGAAGACUACCUCAGCACCCCCGACGGCCGCGAAAAGAUGCUCGGUAGUAUCAAGGAUGCCCUUCGACAGCUCGCUCAAGACGACGACGCCUAUACACUACCAAAGCAAGCAGAGAAACGACUCCUCGCUCAUGUUCGUACCACCCUGAAGCGAUACGAAUGGCAGUUUCAUACGGGUAUCGACCUUGCUGAGCUGCUGGAUCCUUUCUUGCUCGCCAUUAACAUCGCAGAUGCGCGCAAGCACUACGGCUCAGAGCUCAGCGCGCCCAAACUCGAGCAUACCCAAUUCCCACCCCGCGAACACGAUCCUGACGAUUACCCACCCGACGAAGAACCCUGGAUCGCAGCGUUCUUCAGGCAAUGGGCGCUGGACUACGAGAAAGAGAACGGAGAAAUGAAGGAGGGCUGGGGUGUCUGGUCGAUGAAAGCAGAUGAUGAGGCAAGUUGGGAGUGGCCAUACAAGCGGAUACAGGCACACAAGACUGGCAGUGAUGGGAAUAUUGAAUACCUUGUCAAAUGGGUAGGGCAGCGUCACUUGGCGUCUUGGGUCAAGAGGGAGCAGCUGGUUGCUGAGGCUCGCGACAUCUACGACAAGGUGCAUGGGGUAUCUCAUCGCUUAGAGGUGAUUGGGGGGCGUGAUUGA